AGCAAUAGGGCAAAAAUGGUGAAACCCUCCAUUGAAAUCACAGAGGACUUCGCUUCCGCAGCAAAAAUUGCAGACGACAUUCCUCGGGAAGACGUAAUCAGAGUUCUGAACUUUCUACAAGGAGUUGGGAUCUCGGACCCUGUCCCAGAUGAGUUCGAUGCUAGAAAGGAUACCUACUCCGACAUCAUUCGUGACCUCCUGAAGCCCCUUCACAUAUCCCGUGGUCGUGUCACCUGCCUCGUAUCUGUGAAGCCUGCUGUCACUAAUUUCUAUUCCGGAUUUCAUGGAGGAGCUAUUGCUGCUGUUGCUGAGGUUGUGUCCGUAGCUUGUGCAAGAACUGUCGUGGCUAAUGAUAAGGAGCUUUUUCUGGGGGAACUGAGCGUUUCUUACCUCUCUAGUGCAACAAAGAAUGAAGAGGUGAUAGUUGAUGCAACUGUUGUUCGGAGUGGAAGAAAUCUGAGCGUGAUGGCUCUUGAAUUGAAACUCAAGAAAACCGGGCGCUUGGUUUACACUGCUCGUGCUACGUUCUACCAUACGCCUGUUGCAAAAUUAUGAUUCGCAUGUCAAAUCUCUCUAUUUGUUUACCCAAAUUUGUACCUCGUUGGCACAUUUCUAUUGCAUAUCUUGUCAAUUU